AUGAGCUCUAUAUCAUUUGGUGACGAGAACUCAGGGUUCCAGGUGGGGGUCAACCACGGGCCGAUAUAUAUUCCAGCGGAGCAACCAGAACCCCGCCCAGAGCCUCUGUCAACCGUGCCUUUCCCGCAUGAUCCAGACUUCGUCAGCCGCGAUGGACUCCUUGAUCAAAUCCACGAAAAGACCUCGAUCCCGGGGUCUAGAAUAGUUCUCGUUGGUCUCGGCGGCGUUGGAAAAUCUCGACUCGCCAUCGAAUACUGCCACCGAGUCCGGCAGCAAUCGCUCGACACCUGGGUUUUCUGGGUUCAUGCGAGUAAUGCCGCGCGCUGCGAGGAAAGUCUCCGCAACCUUGCCGAUCGUGCUAAGAUCCCCGGGCGCCAGGACAGGAACGCUAAUAUAUUUCAACUCUUCGGGAACUGGUUGCAAGACGGGAAGAUUGGAAAAUGGAUUCUUGUGCUUGAUAAUGUCGAUGAUGACGAACUCCUUCGCAAACCGUUGGCUGCUUCAUUGGAGGCCCAAGCAAACACCAACAAGCGUGCCCCGAUACAGCCACCGCUGAGGUACCUUCUCGAAAGCUCGAAUGGCUCUAUCAUUAUCACGAGCCGGAAUAAAGGAGUAGCAUCGGAGAUCGUUGGCCAUAAGAACAAUAUGAUCGACGUGCGACCAAUGAGUACAGCCGAGGCGCUAGUUCUCAUGCGGAAGAAGCUUGAUGAAUGUACAGAGGGAGAGGAAUUGGUUCAGCUAGUGGAGGAACUUGAGUUUAUGCCACUCGCGAUUGUGCAAGCGGCUAGCUACAUCAACCACCGUUCACCCGGAUGCUCGGCAUUGCAAUACCUCGAAAAGCUUCGGCAGAGUGAUCGGCAAGCCACGAAACUUCUUAAUCACGAGGGGAGACACAUCCAUCGAGACUGGGAGGCGAAAAACUCUAUCGUACUAACUUGGCAAAUUUCGUUCGACCAUAUCCGACGAAUCAGACAGUCUGCGGCUGACUUGCUAUCUCUUAUGAGCUUUUUCGACCGACAGGGAAUCCCAGAGGAUCUAUUACGAGUGCAAGGCAUUAGGGGAAAAUACAAAAAUUUAAGUUCUCCGGAGGAAAGUGUGGGCAGCUCUAAUGAAGAGGACGCGGACAGCUCGUCUGAAUGCGACCUAAAUGACGAUUUCGAGAGUGACAUUGCGACCCUUAGGGACUACUCUUUUAUUGCUACCAGUGAAACUAGCAUGGUGUUCACGAUGCAUCGGCUAGUGCAGCUCACGGUACGCACGUGGUUAAAAGCAUAUAGCCUGGAGGAGGAGUGGAAGGAUCGAUCUAUUGACAAACUAUACGCUGAAUUCCCGACCGGUGAAUAUGAAAAUUGGGAGAGGUGCCAAUCACUUUUUCCCCAUAUUAGAUCAGCGGUGUCACAUCGACCAAAAUCGCAAGACUCUCUACGGAGCUGGGCAGCUAUACUUUACAGGGGGGCAUGGUAUGCAAGACAAUGUGGCAAUAUCUCGGAUUUACGGGAGAUGGCAUAUGCGUCGAGAAAAGAGAGGAUGAAGAUCGACGGCGCUGAAAAUAAAGACACUCUUGCUAGCACUGCAAUGUUAGCAGUAGCAUACCGGCUAGAGGGACAGUGGGAAGAGGCGGAGCAGCUCCAGGUUCAGGUCCUAGAGACUUGCAAGACGAAGCUCGGCUCGGGUCAUCCUGACACGCUGACGAGCAUGGCCAACCUGGCGUCGACAUUCUGGGAUCAGGGUCGAUGGGAGGAGGCGGAACAGCUUCAAGUGCAGGUCGUGGAGUGUCGCAAGACGAAUCUCGGCUCGGACCAUCCUGACACCCAGACGAGCAUGAACAAUCUCGCGUCGACGUACUGGUACCAGAGUCGAUGGGAAGAGGCGGAGCAGCUCCAGGUGCAGGUCAUAGAGAUAAGCAAGACGAAGCUCGGCCCGGACCAUCCUGACACGCUGACGAGUAUGGCCAACCUAGCGUCAACAUAUAGCAAACAGGGCCGACGGAAGGAGGCGGAGCAGCUCGAGGUGCAGGUCUUGGAGACGAGCAAGACGAAACUCGGCCCGGACCAUUUCUCUACGCUGACGAGUAUGGCCAACCUAGCGUCAACAUAUAGGAAACAGGGUCGAUGGCAGGAGGCCGAGCAGCUCGAGGUGCAGGUUAUAGAGACUUGCGAGACGAAGCUCGGCAAAGACCAUCCUAUCGCGCUGACGACUAUGGGAAAUCUAGCGUCGACGUACUGGAACCAGGGCCGAUUGAAGGAGGCGGAGCAGCUCCAGGUUCAGGUCAUGGAGACUCGCAAGACGAAGUUCGGCCCGGGUCAUCCCUCUACGCUGACGAGCAUAGACAACCUAGCGUUGAUGUUAUGUAAUGAGGGCCGAUGGGAAGAGGCGGAGCAGCUUGACGUGCAGGUUUUGGAGACUCGCAAGACGGAACUCGGCGCGGACCAUCCCGACACGCUGACGAGCAUGGCCAACCUGGCGUCAACGUAUAGGGACCAGGGCCGAUGGGAACAGGCGGAGCAGCUCGAGGUGCAGGUUUUGGAGACUCGCAAGACGAAACUCGGCGCGGACCAUCCCGACACGCUGACGAGUAUGGCCAACCUGGCGUCGACGUUAUGGAACCAGGGCCGAUGGGAAGAGGCGCAGCAGCUCGAGGUGCAGGUCAUGGAGACUCGCAAGACGAAACUCGGCGCGGACCAUCCCGACACGCUGACGAGCAUGGCCAACCUAGCUUUCACGUGGGAAUCUGCAGGCCAGCAUGCGAAAGCAAUUUAUUUGCUUCGAACCUGCGUGGUCAAGCAACAACGAGUUUUAGGCUCAGCUCAUCCUGAUACUGUGUCGAAUGACAAUACGCUGCUGGAAUGGGAAACUGCGCAUCUUACUAUGAAAGCAUGA